CCUGCCAGCUUUUCUGCUAGAAAGUCACGUGCUCUUAAAAUAAUAAACUUUAUAGCGUAAGGAAAUUCAAAAUAAGUUAUAAGCAUGAAGGCGCAGACUCCCAAAAAGAACGCCUCCAAGGCCAAAUCGAAGGCCACAGUGCCGCCGAAGAAUGCCCAACCAAAGGUGGCCGCUGCAGAGACCGCAGCUCCUUCGAAAUCUUCUGCCCAGCCGCUGUCCUCCAAAAAAGUAGCCAAAGCUCCAGCGGUGGCUCUAAAAAAUCUGGAGCUGGCCAUGAAGGAGUCGGCUAAGAAAGCUGUCGAAACUGCUAACAAGAAGUUGGGCUCAUCGUCUGGUUCUUCGGCCACUGUGAUUGGUAAAAGGCCGAGGUCUGCACCUCCAAAUCGCGAGGCAAUAACCAAACCCAAAGCUCCAGCUGCCAAAAAGGUAGCCCCGCAACCAGACAUUAAGUCGAAAACUACGGCAACCCCGAAACCCAAAAAAAAGGAAGUGGUGGCGUCCAAGACGGAGGUUGCACCUAAAGCUACCGGAAAUAAGGCUGCUGCUGCUGCUGCCACAUCCAAAGCUAAACCGAAGCCGAAACGCCCGAAGAAUAUACUGCGCGGAAAAGGGUUGGCCAAAAAGAAGGUCUGGCAACGCUUCGUCAUCGACUGCGCAUGCGUGGCCGAGGAUUUGAUCCUGGACGUCGCCGACUUGGAGAAGUACCUCAAGACGCACAUCAAGGUCAAGAACAAGAUCAAUCAGCUGGGCGACCUGGUGACCUUCGAGCGCUCCAAUAAAUUCUCGCUGAUCAUCCACAGUGGGGUGCACUUCUCGAAGCGCUAUUUCAAGUAUCUGGCCAAGCGAUAUCUCAAGAAGCACAGCCUGCGCGACUGGGUUCGUGUUGUGUCCACCGGCAAGGAAACCUUCACCAUGCGAUACUUCAAGAUCCAGGACGAUGAUGAGGAGGAUGACACGGAGACGAAGGCUUAGAGAUCAGCCCACACUCACAUUUUUGUAAUCCGAAAAAUGUUACAUUUUCCAUGGGCCAUGUCUUUAUAAAUCAUUUAGUUAAAUGAGCUAAA